UCUCAUUCGGUCAUCUCCUGGUUCUUCGGAAUCGGUUUCACUCGCCUCUGUCAUCAAUCUAAACAUGCACGAGGCUCCCUCGGCUAAAAUCAAAAUGUUCGGUUGAUGAGAUCGUGAUUACCUGAUUCUGUUUCUGAUUCCGCGGAAGUUACACAGGUAUUCUGUGGGACUCGGACAUUGCUGUGCAUCUCCAUUUUGUCGGUUGUGUCAUGUAUAUGUGAUCUGAUCCAUUGUGUUUCCACCAGUCCGAGCAGGCAUUAUUUUUAUUGUCCCACGGCUGAGCAAUGUUGUCGUUGCGUUAAGCAAUGCUUCCCACAGGCGCUUUUUGGCCUAUAAAUACAGUGCAUUUUUCCUCCAACGCUACUACCACUCCCUCGGUGGUGCCUUCAAUACUUCACGUUCAUGUUCACCCGUAACAGAUCGAUUCCCUAGUAUCCCUCUUGCUAUAAAUACGAUCAAGUUAUUUCCUCCCCCACGUCGCAAACAUGCAUCCGAUUGUGCGUCCAUCGCAGUUCUGCGCACCGGCACUCGGGGCACGCAGGCUGGACCUGGUGGAUCUGCAUGCGACAGUGACUGGCAUCAUGCGAAUCCUUCCCGAAGCAGAAGCUGAAGCAAAGCUACAUACAGCGCUUGGUCAAGAUGCGAGCGGCGACGGCAGCCGAUAUCAUCGGGUCCUUCGGCUUGUUUACGGCAGAAUCUCGAGAGAGUUGCUUUCAGCCUUCGCACGAGAUAGCGACGCCCCGCACUUCCACGCACACAUGCAAGAGGCGUCUAGAAGAGGUGUGAAGAACAGAUGUGAUGAGCCGCGUCUCAUUCGGAAUAGAAUUUUGGCUCCGAGCAAAAUGAAAGUGGCUUUGCAAGAGGUGAGCCAGACGGACGUCGGAACGUGUGGUGGGAUAGAUGAUGGUCUUCCCGAAAAUCGUCAGCGAGCGGACGAGACGAGCGAUGAGGAAGCCUUAUCAUCUUUUCCGGAAGAGCGAAGUUCCCUUGCGCAACUGGAUCAUUUUCCGAAAAUAGAUACUCGAUCUGACGAGGACAAGCUGGUCUGCCAGGCGGUCCGCGACCUGAGCAGGCUUCUAGUGCGCGGAACCAAGAAGCCGGGCAACAACAUAAAAGACGAUACAGGAGGUGGUAGAGAAAUAAAAGCGGAUGGGUGUCUUCUUCACUCUGCGGAAGAGAACCUGAGUGAACUUCGGAGCACACUAGGAGAGAUCGCACGCAAGAGCCAGACCCUUCUGGAAAGGCGUACCAGGUGCUAUCCGUCGUUUUCUCCGGCUGUCGAUUUCGAGGACGAAGUCGCAGAUUUAGAGUGGAGAAGUUUCAGCUACUACUGA